CAGAGUGUACACUAAAAGAAAUUGAUAUUUCCAAGGGAAAUUUCAUUAAAAAGAAUGUCUGGUAGUAAUGAAAAUACGAACAACAACACCUGUGUUGUGUGUUAUAAAAAUGUUGAUAUUUAUAGCAUUGGUAUGUGUGAACAUCCUGUGUGUUAUGAAUGUAGCACUCGAAUGAGGGUACUCUGCUUUCAAAAUGAGUGUCCUAUUUGUCGUCAAGAUUUACCAAAGGUUGUAUUUACAAAGAACAUAAAACCUUUUUGUCAGUUACAUAAAGGUAGUUUGUUAGACACACAAUACAAUAUUUAUUUCGAUACACCUGACAUUCGAAGCAAAUUCUAUGAUUUAUUGGCUAAUACUUGCAAUAUUUGUAAAGAUAAGCCUAUACUUAAUAAUUUUAACAGUUUGAAAAAUCAUAUGAGACAUUGGCAUGAAUUACAUUACUGUGACCUCUGUGUGGAAAAUUUAAAGAUAUUUUCUCAUGAAAGACGCUGUUACACAAGGGCUGACCUUGCGCAACAUAGAAGGAAAGGAGAUAUUGAUGAUAAAAGUCAUAAAGGCCAUCCAUUAUGUGAAUUUUGUGAUCAACGGUAUAUGGAUAAUGAUGAAUUAUUUCGACAUUUAAGAAGAUAUCAUUUAUAUUGUCAUUUCUGUGAUGCAGAUGGUUUACAUCAAUAUUACAACUCUUAUGAUUAUCUUAGAGAUCAUUUCAGACAAGAGCAUUUCUUAUGUGAAGAAGAAAUGUGUGUUGAAGAAAAAUUUACAAGUGUCUUUAGGACUGAUAUAGAUCUUAAAGCACAUAAAGCAAGUGUUCAUAGUAAACAAUUGAGCAAAGCUGCUGCAAAGCAAGCAAGAACAUUGGAGCUAGAAUUUACACUAGCUCCACGUGGUGAAAAUCGAAUGAACAGAAGAGGAAUAUUAGGUACAUCAGCUUCCAGAAGUUCUAGAGAUUACAAUUACAAUCUCAGGGAAUAUCAGCAAACAAUUACACCAAAUGCUUCUAAUGUAUUUGUGUCAAACAACGAACCUACUUUUGUACGUCAGCCAUCUGUGGAUGUACAGAGUACUGAAGAAUUUCCAACACUGGGUAACAUAGCACCUAUCGUACCCACUUUAAAUCAAAGUAAAGGUAGAGGAAAUGUAACAAUCCGUAGUACUAUAAGGCCCCAGCCUCUUGCUGUGACAGAUGAAAAUUUUCCUGCAUUGGGGCCAGAAUCAGGAGGUACAAGUAUUUCUAAAACUGUUAACUUCAGUGUAUCCAGUAGUAAUGCUCCAGGGUCAAGUACACAAUCCCAAAAAAGUACAACUUCUAAUGUAUCUAUACAAGUAAAUCAUGAACCAAAUGGGACUGUCACAACAAAAGUUUCAGGUCCUAAUAUCAGAAUUCGUCCUGCACAACUUUCAAUGGAAUCCUUUCCUGCAUUGGGUUCUACAGAACCAUCAACUAGUAGUAAUACAAAUUCGGCUCACUGGAAGGAAGUUUUACAAUGGACUUGUUCUAAAUCGGCAUCUACAUCGGUACCGAAAGUAAAAAAAGUGGCUUCACCGCCGUUAGUACCUUCUCCACCACCUAUUCAAUCUGGAGAAGAUUUUCCUACAUUAUCAAAAUCAUCUAAGUCGAAGAAGCAAUCAACAAUUACAGUAGUUCCUUCUUGGGUUCACCCACAGAGUACUAACAACAGUAAUAAUAUAAAAACGACUACUGAUAUGACAAAGGGAAAAACGAAAAAGAAAAAAGUCAAACAAAAUUGCAACAAUAAUAGUGUUAAUGAGUAUGAAAGUAGUAGUUCAAAAACAAAUGUAAGUACUGUUGUAGUAAAAAAAGAGUGUGAGACAUCCAAAAAUCCAUCUAGUAUGAAUAAUAUGGAUACUGUACAGUCAAGUUCUCCCUCUAUGCAAAAUAUGGAUAAUAUGAAUAACAGUGAAAAUACAUCAAAAAACAUAAAUGUUCAACCUCCAAAGGAAAUGGAACAAAUUAAUAAAAAGGAGAAGAAGAAGCAUAAAAACAUAGACAAUGAAACGGCUGUAAAUACAAAUAUUGAUAAUAAUACUUCUAAUGGGGUACAGAGAAAGCGUACUGAAUUAAAGAUAGAUAGCUUAAAUUCUACUAAUAGAAGUGUACGUCAUCUAGAAGAAUUUCCAGCUUUAAGUGGCAGCAGUUCCAAACCACCUGGAUUUGCAAAUCCACCACCAGGAUUUGGAACAACAACCCCUCCACCUCCUGGUUUUUGUAUAAAGUAUAAUAGCAUGGAUAAACUGAACAGCAGUAAUGGAUUGACUUUCACAAACAGUUCUGGAGAGAGUUAUUCUAUCGUGCCGGACAAUAGUAAACACAACAGUGCAUAUAAUUAUGUACCUCCUCCAGAAUUUCCAAAGCGAAACAAAUGUCUUGUAGCUAAGGUUAAUGAAGUUUUAAUGCAACAAGACCAGAUUGAGGAAUUUCGAUAUAUAAGUGGACUCUUUCGUCAAGGAACGUGUAAUGCUCAAAAAUAUUACACACAUUGUUGUAAAGUUAUGGGUCUUAGUGCUUUUGAGAAUGUAUUUCCUGAACUUUUAGUUCUUCUGCCUGAUAUUGAAAAACAGCAAGAAUUAUUUAAAGUUCAUAAAAAAGAAAGUGGCAAUAAGAUUAAAGGGUUAGAAAUAUGUGCAAUCUGUGGCCAAGUUUUAAAGAAUGGUUCUGAUUUUCGAACACACAUGACUAGUCACACAUUAGAAAAUCAUUUUCCUGCAUUGGGUAAAAGCAGUGCUCCCUCUCAAAAAAAUUCUUGGGUACGUAAAUGAGUAUAGUUGUGUCCUUUU